AUGCGAAAAACAGCCAGUCCCCAGGACGGAGUGCAAGCCAAGAUAGGUAGCAGUCAGCCAAAAUUGCUGGAGAUGAAUGGACUGAUACGAAACGACAAAAACGGCACAGAGAAAAGCAGGGGUUUUGCAGAAAAAUACAUUGUGCGUCUAGCCGCUGGCGUCAAUUUAUUUCUAGACUGUCUGAUGGAGCGAUUGGAAGUGAUCAUAUGGGAGAGCCCGGAAAAAAAUCCUUCCGUCCAAAAGCCUGUGCCUGCCAGCAGGGAUAUUUAG